AGUAGCAGCAGCAGCAGGUUCAUUCUCUGCACCGCCAGCAGGUUUAAAGCUCUUCUACCAAAUGUUACGCUUCCUGCUGCUGUUUAGUCGCCAGGGAAAGCUGCGGCUGCAGAAAUGGUUUGUGGCAACAUCGGAGCGAGAGAAGAAGAAGGUGAUCCGUGACAUGAUGCUGUUAGUGAUGCCUCGUCAGCCUCGAACCUGCAACUUCCUGCAAUGGAAGGACCUAAAGAUUGUUUACAAAAGAUAUGCUAGUUUGUAUUUCUGCGCCGGUCUGGAGGAGCAGGAUAAUGAGCUGCUUGCUUUGGAAUUGCUGCACCGAUACGUUGAGUUGCUGGAUAAAUACUUUGGAAAUGUGUGUGAGCUGGACAUCAUCUUCAACUUUGAGAAGGCCUACUUCAUCCUGGAUGAGUUCCUUAUGAGCGGAGAAAUUUCAGAAACAUCUAAAUUUGCAGUGAACGCUUCCAUGGAGCAGGCAGACACACUUCAAGAGACGAUGGAGGAAUAUAUGAACAAACCUGCCUACUGAAGCGCGACCAGAACGUUCCUGCUUCCAGGUCUUCAGAGGUUUUGGUGAGUAAAUGGAGAAACAGGACAGUAAGGAAAAGAUAAAGUCGAUGCUUUAUUAACCUCAGGAAUGUCACAUAUGAACACAAUUAGGAAAGAAUGACAGAAAACACGCUAAGGAAAGAAACGGC